AUGAAUGAGCGCUCGGGUGCAGCGCGCGAACGCAUCGCACAUCUGGAAGCGUCCAUCGGUUUAGGUCUCGGCGUCCUUCGCGAUGCAUCACGCCUGGCAGACAAUCACGGCUUGAAGCCUCUGCUUUCCAUGUGGACCGACGAGGAUGAUGACGAAGGGGUAAGGGGCCACUCUGAGGUCUCCACGGCCGAUUCGAAGCUUUUCAAAUCCUUCUCGGAGCUGUGGAGCCUCGACAUAAGCCGUGUGAGGAUGCAGUACGCAAUGGGCGUGUGA